GUAUGGCGCCGCGGAGCUGUCGCACGGCAGCGCGUGUGUUGUGUAUUUUAGCGUUUCUGUGCCUGGGCCGAGUGAGCGUGUGCGCGCGACACGAACCCGCCCUCGAACGCGUCCACCUGCAAAAUGUCGCGCUCGUCCCGGCGGGGGACGCCGGCGAGAUCUCGCUGCAGCUGCGGCUGCUGGUGCGAGGCACCCACCUGGACGAGCGCGGCGACUUGGAGUUCAGGGCAACGCCGCGCCGCAGCGGCGAAGCCGACGAGUGCCUGCAGGCGGACCGGGCCGCAGCUUCGGUGUUUCGCGAUCGCGGGGGCAACGCCACGGUUACCGGUCUGACCGUCGUCGUGCCGGCGUCGGCGGCGCCGGCCUACGCUAGGAUAUUCCUCUGCCUGAAGACGAGCAGGCGGCGGCCCUGCGGGGCCGACGAGUCCGACAACAGCUGUGCGGAGCAGCCGGGCGAUGCGCAGUGGGUGCACCAGCCGGACGGCGUUUACGUCGAUCUGCCGAAGGACGCCUUGCGGCGCGCGGAAACUGCUGCUGCUGCUGAUGGGUGGGUGGUGCGGCGGCAGCGGCGCAACGUCAGCCUGCCGGAGUCCCGGCUGCAGCCGGCGACGGUGUCGCCCCUGGCGGAGGACGCCUCCGCCCCGGGACUGUCGCGGCCGCAGGAGGUGCGGCUGCAGACGGCCGGCUCCGCCGAGGGCGACGCCGUGGCGUCGGUGGUGUCGCUGCGCAUCGAGGCGGAGAAGGUGGAGGUGGAGGAAGGCCGCAUGCAGGUGCUGGCCGACUCCGAGGUGCGGCUGCGCCUGUUCGGCGUCGCGCUGCGCCCCGGCACCAACAUGACGUUCACGCGCGUGGCCGCCGCGCGCGGCGCGCCCUGCAGCUUCCCGCAGCCGGAGGUCUUCACGAUUAACCAGGUGUCGGAGGCCGGCACGUCGGCUGAGGCGGUGGUGACGGUGCCGUCCGUGGUGGGCACGUACUACCUGUGCAUGGAGAUCGGCGAGGGCCCCGCGUUCGUGCACCAGGGCGAGGAGCCGUGGGUGUCGCUCAGCGUGCACACGCCGCUGCUGCCCGUCUGGCUGUCCAUCAUCGUCAUCUGCGUCUGCCUCGUCUUCUCGGCGCUCUUCUCCGGCCUCAACCUCGGCCUCAUGUCCAUGGACCAGACCGACCUCAAGAUCAUCUGCAACACGGGCACGCCCACCGAGAAGAGGUAUGCGCGCGCCAUCAUGCCCGUGCGCAAGAUGGGCAACUACCUGCUGUGCUCGAUCCUGCUGGGGAACGUGCUCGUGAACUCGACGCUGACGAUCGUGAUGGACGAGCUGACGUCGGGCCUCGUGGCCGUGAUCGGCUCCACGAUGGCCAUCGUCAUCUUCGGCGAGAUAACGCCCCAGGCAAUCUGCUCCAGGCACGGGCUGGCCGUCGGCGCCAAGACCAUCUACGUCACCAAGCUCAUCAUGGGCCUCACCUUCCCGCUCUCCUAUCCCAUCAGCCGUGUGCUCGACUUCUUGCUCGGCGUCGAGAUCGGGAACGUCUACAACCGUGAGAGGCUCAAGGAAUUGGUGAGGCUUACCACAGAAUACAAUGAUCUGGAGAAAGAUGAAGUUAACAUCAUUUCUGGUGCCCUGGAACUACGGAAAAAAACUGUUUUUGAUGUAAUGACAAAGCUUGAAGAUGUCUUUAUGCUGGAUUAUGAAGCCAUAUUGGACUUUGAGACAGUCUCUGAGAUAAUGAAACAAGGAUACUCCAGGAUACCAGUUUAUCAAGGAAGUCGUAGCAACAUUGUGACUGUCUUAUACAUUAAAGAUCUAGCAUUUGUUGAUCCUGAUGAUAACACUCCAUUAAAGACACUCUGCAAAUUCUAUCAGAAUCCAUGUAAUUUUGUAUUUGAAGAUACUACCCUCGAUGUCAUGUUCAAGCAGUUCAAAGAAGGAAUAAAAGGACACAUGGCAUUUGUUCAUAGAGUCAAUUCAGAAGGUGAAGGAGAUCCAUUUUAUGAAACAAUUGGGCUUGUGACAUUGGAGGAUGUCAUUGAGGAACUUAUCCAGUCAGAAAUUGUUGAUGAAACAGAUGUUUGGAUGGACAACAGAUCAAAACGCCGCAGGGUUAAGUCAACAAAACAAGACUUCACUAUCUUCGCCGAGCGUCGAGAGGCACAAAAGAUUCACAUCUCACCACAACUAACAUUAGCAACCUUCCAGUAUCUGAGCACAACUGUUGAUGCCUUCAAACCAGAAACAAUAUCUGAAACCAUUUUAAGAAGACUGCUCAAACAGGAUAUUAUUUAUCAUGUCAAAGUUAAAAAUAAAGAAAAAGCACGCAACGAUCCUCAGACAAUAAUAUAUUCUCAGGGUAAACCAGUGGACUAUUUUGUUCUAAUAUUAGAAGGCCGUGUUGAAGUGACAGUUGGGCAGGAAAGCAUGGUAUUUGAAAGUGGACCAUUUACGUAUUUCGGCACUCAAGCUCUGGCACAAAAUGUUGGAGUUGUAGACUCUCCAACAACACAAAAUCCACAGAAUAUUGGUUCUAUUCAGUCAGUGAAUCUGGACAGCAUGUUGCGCCAUUCAUUUAUACCAGAUUACACAGUUAGAGCAAUUACAGAUGUUUUCUACAUGCGCCUGAAGCGCUCACUUUAUUUGGCUGCUAAGCGUGCCACACUAAUGGAGCGUGAUAAGACUGAGAGGCAGUCUGAAGAUCAUUUUGAUGAUGAAGUGGAGAAGCUGCUUCACUCUCUGGAUGAAGAUGACAAAAGCCAGGGACCAAUGGACUCUCCUGUAUCCAACUAUUACUCACAGACCGAUAAAAGCCUGCUGCAGCAAUACAUAGCAGAAGCAGAACGUCGCAGGUCAACAGGCAACACACCUGCCCGCAGUCCUCCAAAUGGUAGUGCAAAGCCUGUGGAAGAAGUGGAAGGUGAAGUAGCAGUAGAAGGAGAGGAACAUGCUGUGCUGCUGCCAGACUCUUCUUCUAAACCUAACUGCCCAGAGUGCUAGCACUUGCCCAAAGGCAGCCCACAAGAAGAGGCUGCCACUCAAACUAAGGUGCACGAGUAUGAGGGGGGCUUGUGAAUCCAGUAAAGAGUAUUGUCGUAAACUAUCGAGAGUCCUCAUCAUGCAAGUUCAUAUUUCUGGCACAAAUUAUGAUAUUCUAUCAGUCUAUUGCAUUGAUAUUGCAUCUGAUAGUUCAGUAAUUUGAUUUGCUAUUAUUGUGGGGCAAGUGUGGAUGAUUUGUGUCAUUUCAUUUAAUGUGUAUUUGUGGCAUUUCAGCUUGUUUGUCCUCCAAUUGUCCUACUUCAGCGGUCCUGAUGCAGUGUAUGAAACUAAUCAGAACAUUGCCAUGUGUGACACUUUAUAAUCUUUUGGUCAUUAAAUUAUUUAAUUCAUUUACAUUUAGUUAAGGCUCAUUUGUUUUUAUUAGUUGCCAAAUGGACGGUAAAAACAAAGAAAAUGAAGGAAAGUGUACACUCUGUAUGUUGGUAAGAAAUUCAGUAACUCUUCCCACAUCUAUUGCCUCCAUAAGAACUGCCUCAAAUUUCAUGUAAGUUAUGAUAAACGUGCAUUAGUAACUUUAAUUCUGUGUAUAUAAUGAGUGUUGGGAUGAAAAAUAGUUUUAUAAGUGGAGACAAGGAAGAAGAAAACUUAAGAGUAUUUUUAAAUGCUGUGCUGUUUAGUAGAACCUGGCCCUUUUAUACACCCUUUUAUUAUGGUAAUACUGUAAUUGUAUCACCUCAUAUGAAUCAAGUAAAUAAUUGAGAAAGUAUGCUACUAUAUCUGUGUUAAUGGCAUUUUGUAGACUGUUUGCCUUCAUCAUAGCAUUUUAAUAACUUGUUGUAAUUCACAUGUGUGUUUUAAGAAAGUUACUAUUUUACAGUUGUUCAUUAUUGUGUUUCAUUGUUUUUUGUAGUACUUUCUUGUUGCUCGAAUGAAAAUGGGGGUAACUAAUGCAGCAGUUUUGAUUAAUGUAAAAUAUUUCAUGUAACUGUUUUAAAAUGGUGAGAUGUUUAUCAGUGUGGUUAUCUGUAGAUUGUUCCUGUUUGUGGAAUUAACACAACUGAAAUUUAUAAAUUUUUAAGAUUUGCUAUGUUAACAUCUUGUCCAGUUAUUUGUUGUGGUGCAAUGGGAGAUUUGGAACAUUUUUCAUAGAAUGUUGAAAUAUUUUUUGGUGCCGUGUAACUUGGUGAUGUAAGUAGUGAACAGUGCCUAAAUAACUUGAAAGAUAAUAACAAAUUAUGGACAUGCCAUAUAAAAAUCUGGACUCUAAAAUGUGAAAAAUCAAGUUCCAUGUUGAGAGCUGUCACCAGCAUAUUUCUGUUUCAUAUUUCUUUGAUGUCCAAAAAUAAUUUACUGGUGCAUGUGUUACAGAAAGUGUUAGGAAUUUUAAAAUAUAGACUGACAUGAAUUAUCUAGCACAACAAGAGUCCUUCCCAUAAAUCAUCCGAGUCUUCAUAAUCGAAUAAACUAAUUCAGUAGUUAAAACAACUUGUAAUAACGGAAAAGAAACAAGCAGUAUGAUGUUAUUUUUGUAUUAAUUAUAUAAGAAUAAUAAAUGUUUGAGAGGUUUAAAAAGGUACAAAAGUGAAAGCCUAUGGUAAGACAGUUUUUGUAGCUGCUGCAGAUGUAUUUGUAUAGUAGCUAAGUUAUUAUUUUCGUAACAUUUUGUCACAUUGCAUAUGCUGUUGAUUUUCACUUACCUUAGACAUUAUUUGUGUGUCGCUACUGCUUUGGUUGUGUUGAAUAAACUAAUAAUGGUGUACGCAGGCUUCACACUGAAGCAAUUGAAUAUGCAGUGCAUUCUGUGUGAGUGCUCAUAUUGCCUGUGCUGAAGCAGCACACUACUUGAUAAGAAACUUUAUGGGACUAACUGAAGCAGUAAGUUUCUUUUACAUUCUGAAGAUAUUUUUAGUUUCUGCCUUGUGAUUCAGGCGCAGAAAAGCUUUUGAAAAUGUGUAUAGAUUUUAGGAAGAGAUUAUAUGUCAUUGUUCUUGUUUACUGUAUACUAUUGUGUGUACAGUUGGUGUGUAUUUUAGUAUUCAGACAAAUGGCAGAUAUUUUUAAGUAAUGUACUAGAAUGUUUUCCAUAGAUGUCAGUACUGUGAUAUUGUCAACAUUUAGCACUUUAUAUUAAAAAGAAGGGACAUAUUUAAAUGACCAAAGUUCCAGAAGAAAUAUGUUAUUACCUGACUUAGUGGCAUAACCUGGGGUUUGAAUAUAUUCUUAUAGGUGUACUUAAAUAGAAAUAUGUGUAUGUAUUGUAGCUUUAAUUUUUAUUUAUUACUGGUGUACUUAAAUAUGUUGUUGUUUGAUUAUAUUUCUAAUAUUUUUUUUGGAAAAUAAAACUUGCCAGAGAUCAUUAA